GUUCUCAAUGUCCGCCCCAGCCGCGAACAUCGUUUUCGACGACAUUUUUACCAUCAGUGACAUCGACAAAGAAGGGAAAAAGUUCGACCGAGUUUCUAGGCUCUAUGCUCACUCCAAGAACUACGAUAUGGACCUCACUCUCGACUACAACGUCGAAUUGUUUCCACUAGAAAAAGAUCAGAGUUUUGCAUUGGCUCUGGCUUCAUCGCUCGCUCGGGGAGGAGCUCCUGGAAGUAGUGGCACGGACGGCGCUCAGGAAGAGGCGGACGAUAAAGAAAGAGACGUUUGGAGACCAGAUGGAAAGGGAAGAAGAGGGUUGGAAGACGACUAUGAGUAUGUGAUGUACGGAAAGGUCUAUAAAUUCGACGGAGGCACAUCAGAAAUAGUGACGGCAUAUGCGUCCUUUGGUGGCCUCUUGAUGUCAUUGACAGGAUCUUUCCGACACAUGACAAGUAUUGUUUUAGGUGACCCAGUGUAUUUACUGAUGCGCAGGUAGAUAAAGCUCUUUGCAUAUAAAAAUAUCCAAGUCCUCCAGAUAUUUCAAGAUACAAAAUCAAUGCCGAGAGGACACUGCACUGGCGAUGGAAUUUUAUCGAACACUGGCUUCCCAAGGAAGACUUCCAAUUCCUUUGUGAAUUAACGUAAUUAGAUCUAGGUCCACAAUUGGAAGAGACUAUAGUUGGCUUUGUUGUCGAAUCCAUUGUCUUCAAAGCAUAUAACGACAAGGACGUGCAAAAUGUCUGGAGAUGUGAAUGGUAAAUACAUACAAGAGUCAGUGAAUGGGAAGAAUCUCUACAAAUAACGGGUGAUAGACCUUUACAUAUAAUUAACGACUCUAAUGUUAAUGAUUACUGCGUGUCAAUG